AUGGGCGACUACGCAGCAGAGGUAGAACAGAUCUACGCUGGUCUCACUGACCAGCCUCCUCAUACCGAGGAGCAGAAAGUCAUGGCCAAGAAGAUCAUUGAACUUCACCUAGCGACCUUCAAAUACUACGACUACAAGCGAACAUUCGAACUCGUGGACGAGAACUAUAAACAACAUAGCCAGAUGGUCGCCGAUGGCCGCAAUUCCAUCAUUGAAGCGUCCAAGAUUCUCAAGUCAAUUGCCGCAAAGCACUGGAAAGGUCCCGGAGAGCCACAUUUCAACAUGAUGUUUAAGAGGAUACUGGUAGAUGGGGAUUACAUCGUCGCACAGAUCUUCUCUGAGCGCUGGCCUGGAGAUGCGGGCGAGCAUGUCUUUGACCUUUAUCGAUGGAAGAAUGGCAAGGUCGUGGAACAUUGGGAUGUUAUUCAGCAAGUUGAUGCGGCGAAUAUCAAGCAUGGAAACUCAGUUGUUUAG